GUUUCCCUGACUCCACACCACCACCACGAUGGCAGCUCGAUCAAGAGGGACGGUGCUGGUCGCUGCAAACUUGCGCUCAGCAAGACAGCAGCCACCUCCUCGUGCUGCUCUGUCGCAAUGCCGUCUCGCUUCUUCUUCUGCAGGCCCCUCAUCGUCGUCUUCGUCGUCUUCCUCGCCUCCUCCGCCUCCCAAAGAAGCCCCAGAAAGGCAUCGCGUCCAGUACAACGACGACCCCUUCUCCCUCCACCCAUCCGAAGAGCAUCUUCACUAUCCUCUCGUGAAUGCCAGUGACCUAGCCUCUGCUGCGAUCUCCCACCCUCCUACCUCGACAAAGCCGCUUCGCCCAAGAGAGGUCCGAAUGCUGGCCCGAGACUUCGUGGCAGAUAGUCUGUACAAUCCCAGGUAUGGCUACUUCUCCAGACGGGCGGCCCUUCUCCCGCCUCAGCAGCAGUCGAGCAAUGGAAACGACGCAGAUGACGGGGGCUUUCGCUUCAGGGAGAUGAAGGACCAGCGCGACUUUAUGGCUCAGGUAGAGGAGCGAUACAAUGCCUUUGAGCGUACAGUCAUCCAACAAGGCGCGAGCACACCAACAGGAGCACCAGUACGACCACCUCCCACGAGCUCAUCGACGGGAGGAGGAGGGCGCAAACGUCCCAAUGCUCCGUCCCCUUCAUCCGCCGCUGGCCUCGAAGCGGCCCAAGCACUUGGCCGUGCUGCGUACGAGCAGUCCCUGCGUGAAGACCAGUCGCACGACGUUGGUGUCCAAUCGAUGCUUGCGCGCCAGGUGUGGCAUACACCCACGACGCUAUUUCGCCCGCACUAUGCUAGGAUCGUGGCGCAGCAUUGUCUUGAUACUCUGCAAGGGCCAAUGCAACGGGGUGAGCCUUUGGUCAUCUAUGAGCUGGGAGCUGGCGAUGGGAGCCUGGCGGGGGACGUAAUGCGGUAUUUGGAGGAGGUGCUGCCAAGUGAGGCCUACGAGAGGAUUGAGUACAACAUUGUUGAGAUCUCUGAGCGGCUAGCCAAGGGCCAAGAGGAAAGGCUUGCAAAGUGGGUCUCCCAAGGCAAAGUGCGCGUGCACCGCCGCGACUUCCUCGAAUGGGAUCAAAUGGAGGAGCGCUCCUGCGUCGUCAUCGCACUCGAGGUGCUCGACAAUCUCCCGCACGAUGUGGUUCGUUACGGCACAUCGGACUUGCUACCCUACCAAGCCUACAUCAGCAUAGACGGCACAGGAGAUUUUGCUGAGCUCUACACGCCUGCGGUGGAUCCUCUCAUCCGACGGUAUCUAGACCUCCUGCAGCAGGUGCGACCGGGCACAGUCGCAAGCCCACCAGGAGUACCCCGCUGGCUCUCUUCCCUCCCUACGCCCCUGCGAAGAGGAUUGGCAGAGCAUUGGCCCCUCUUCCCCAACUUGACGAAAGAGAGGCACUUCCUCCCCACUGGAGCGUUGCGCCUCAUCGACGUGCUGGCGGCACAGUUUCCCAAGCACCAUACAUUGAUCAGCGACUUCAGCGCUCUACCGCAGGCGGUGAAAGGGGUAGAUGGGCCCGUUGUCCAGACGAGGUUGGCGCGUAAUGCUGGCCCCGUGUCAGGGGGAAGGGGAGGACCAGACCCAAAUUCAGCAGCCACGCCCGUGGCAGUGAGCACCUACGCUGUGCUACAGGGCUUCUUUGACAUCUUUUACCCGACGAACUUCGAAGUGCUGCGAGACAUCUAUGGGCAGGUAGUUGCGGGCAAAAGAGGCAGCGGAAUCACCGGCACGGCUACCGUCUCCAGCCAUCGAGCUUUCCUGGAACGAUACCCCGACUUGGCAAAGCAUUGUGCCCUCAAUGGCGGGCGAGGGCCAAAUCCCAUGCUCGAGUGGUAUGCAAACGUCAAGUGGCUCACGUCGUAGGGCAGUCGAGAUGCAAUGCCAAUAGACCUGCUCUGCACGCCUUGGCAUCAUUAUGCAUUUGAUUCCGUAUGCGUACAAGCGCUUCACCGUGCGAAACAAGCGCUUCACCAUGCGCUACCACCACCAUUGACUCCAUUCGCUCCUCCGCCGCCGUAAUAGCCUGCCCCGCCGUUCUCUCCGCCUUGUGGCACGCCAUUGCCGCCACCGCCCAUGCCGCCAUCGUCGAGCAUGAAGCCUAGCUCUUGGAUAAUCUGCGCCGUUCGUGUUUCGAGGAUGCGGAGGCCCUGGCGAGAGAAGAAAAGGAGCGAAGCGUCAGAUUCGUAUCGCCCAUCUUCGCACCUUUGCCGGUCAAACUCACGCUCAUUACCACCUCAUGCGCACUCAUGACGCCCGUGCCCUCAACAUGCACGUAGAAGCGUCCCGGCUUCGCAUUGAAGUCGAAGACCUCGUCUUCCUCCCCAGCCCGUACCUCUGGCUCCUCGUUGGCAU